AUCGGCAAGUUCCUUAGAGUCUCCAAGCUCCAAGAGAGUGCCAACCAGACGAGAUUCAACAGAGUAGGUAUCUAGAGUCGAGAACAGUACGUAGUAUGUCCAUCAGAGAAAAUCACAUGCUUCUCCUGGGUGUACCUGCAUGUACCUAUGGUGUACACAUGCUUGCAUCCUGGCAUAUAAUUGCUUACAGAUUACCUACUAUAGUACUUACUUAGGUAUAUGCCUCUCCACCUUAGCGUCACCUACUGCUAGUAGGGGUAGGUAGGUACUUAAUAACCACCAUGAAUCCAACACCACCCCUCGAAGACGACUCAGCAUGAGCCAAAAAAAACGAAAACAAACAAAAAAAACAUAGCGACUGUAUCAUAUCACCUUCGCCAUUUUCAGCUCACCAUAGACCAAACUGAUACUCAAUCCACGAUCGCCCAAGCACAUACUCAGCACUUGUCCUUCCAGCUUCGACUGCCAAUGCCAUGGGGCGUCCCCCGGCCUAUAUCUUUGUGGUUAGGCAUGGAAACCGUCUUGAUGCUGCCGACAAACAAUGGCAUUUGAGCUCGCCGACACCCUAUGAUCCUCCUCUCACCUACGGAGGAUGGAUGCAUUCCAGGACAGUCGGCGCGCGCAUAGCUGCUAUCCUGCGGGAUGAAGCCGAAACCGAAAUCGAAAGGAAAGCUGUUGAUGCUACCUCCGAAUCAGUACCUUCCAUAUCCACAUCGCCGCUGUUGUCGCCCUCUCCCAAGCGCCGUCGCCGCCGCUUCCGCGUUGUCAUUCACAGUUCUCCAUUUCUUCGAUGUGUGCAGACUUCUGUCGCCAUCAGCGCCGGCCUGGCUUCGAAUCCUACAACAUCUUCUAGCUCCCUCAAGACAGCAGAUGCUCUGCCGUCGCCAACACAUAGAGGGGAUCUACGACUCACCCAAGCUUCAUCCUUCUCGAACCCCGCCCCAACAAAGACACGGCCUGAUGUUCCCGUUCCAGCCUCAGUCAGUCUUCAAGAAGCUUCUAAUGCUUCUAGGUCCACUGAGAAGUCCGUUCUCCGUCUGGAUGCAUUUCUUGGCGAAUGGCUGUCUCCUGACUACUUCGAACAUAUCACGCCGCCUCCGAAGUCAGCACUUAUGCUAGCUACUGCCAAGGCAGAGUUGUUGCGUCGAUCGAGUUAUCACGACUACCCUCAUUUUCACGCUCGUGUACACUCGAGCGCGUCUAGUCAGCUAUGGGGUAACCUGUCGAGCCAUAAUGGCAUUCUUGGAACACCCCCGGUCCAUGGCCCACAUAGUAUUUCUAGCUUGGACACGCUGUCUCAUCUUGCUGGCAGCUUAACAGACCACGAGAGCAACGCCAAUGGGCAUACAGAUUCGAGGGGAUUGCAUGGAACAUCUCAAGGGACUGGUCAUUCGGCGGGCUACGUGUAUCCUGUUCCGUCUUAUGCGUUAUCCACCUCUGAACCAAUUCCCAAGGGUUAUGUGGCCCAUGCUCGGGACGCCUGCGUAUCUGUAGAUUACCAAUGGGACUCUUCGCGAGAAAGCCUAGCAUGGGGCGAUGGGGGAGUAUUACCAGAGGAAUGGGCUGCUAUGCACCAUAGAUUUAGAAAAGGCCUAAGGCGGUUAGUUGACUGGUACGGCUCAACUGAGGAUGCAGGCGCAAUGGUGACCAGGACCAGUAAUGCAUCCCACCAGACCGGGACACACGGCUCCAUCGAUGGCGAUGAAGAUACCGAAAUCGAGGAUGUUGUUGUUCUCGUUUCACACGGUGCCGGCUGCAAUGCGCUUAUCGGCGCCCUCACGCAACAGCCAGUGCUUGCCGAUAUUGCCAUGUCUUCCUUAACAGUAGCCAAAAGACGAGCCAGUUUCGACCCACGAAACAUCAAUCUCACCCGGGAAAAGUCGCUUACGUCCUUACACACGGCACUACCGAUGUCGAGAGCGACGAUGCCGGAGAUAUACGAGCUUCAGCUAUUCGCCAACACCGACCAUCUUACUUCAUCCUCACCUACAGGUCUUAGUCGAUCAACAUCCUUAGGAGGACCUCAUCCCCGUGUUUCCCGUGUCCACUCGGGGUAUACCAGUGCAUUGAAGGAUAUCAAUUUCGGUUCUCUCUAUGGGGGCUCAUCUAGUGGUAGUCGAGGUCACUCCUCCAAUGCAUCGUUAGGAAGUAUGAGACGGCCGUCGGGGCCCCAUUCGUUAGUCAUGGGGCCAUCUGUUUACAAUGCGAACACAGGCGGCAGCGUAUCGAGUUUCUCAGUAACUCGACCAGAUCGUUCAGGUUCCGGUACUUGGGGAUUAUGGAGUCCAAAGCAAGAAGAAAAUGAGCAUGAGAAGGAGCUAGAAGCACCCAUGUUUCUUGACUUCAGUCACGAAAAAACUGUCAAGGAUAAAGACGCCAAAGGGGCUACAUUGAACAAUGACAAGCCGUUGUCUCUCGUCGAUGCGGAUAACGCAGCUUACACGACAACGAAAUCGGACGGAGAGAAGUCUAUUGCCCACAACCAGCAUGAAAUCUGCGAACACCAUGAGGAAGAACGUGAUGCAUUUGAUCAAGACUCAGUACCUCAGCGAUGGACUAGUAUGAGCAGUGGACUAUGGGGUGCUCCCAGGCCACCCGGCGAAGCUGAGCGGCUUCGCGACUUCAGUUCCACCAAAAGACGAUGGACUGUCACUGAACGAUGAAGGAUACCCAUGUGUAAUACCAUAAUGAAAUGAUAAAUGAGCGCGCCCCACUUCCACAUAUACAUUAUAUAUUACUUCGAGAUACACACUCCUCUCCCCUCUUCUUCUCCUUCAGACCUUCUCGAAACCACAUAGCUGUCCAUGACUUCAUGACCACUUCACUACAGGCAAGCAUGCCGAUGAAUCACGACGACAAAAUGGGAUCUGGGCAUUUUCAACAGUAGCAUGCUUCUAAAACAAAAUAGCAACGGCAUUAGAACAGCGAGG